GGGGUAUUAAGACUUUACUCGCAUACGGGGUAUUAAAAAUACGUCAUUUGAGGUAGCCUAAUGGGUCAGUAUGGUCGAUGUUGAAGUAGAGCUUGCUGAAGUCGUUUUACGUGAGGCUCUUGCCGUUCUAAAGCGCGACGUCGGUCAACUGAAGUACAGAUGGUUCGUCAGAGUCGUCCAUUUUGCAGUUUCCGAGCUCAUACGAAGUGCCGGACAAUACAGCUACCGCUCAAUACACAAAGGGCAGUAUCACUUUGCGUUGACAUGUGCAUGCAGUGACCAAGCACUGCACAUCAUGUAUCUUUUGGGAUUCGACGAGAAACUAGGGAGGCCUGAUUCGUUGGUACUUGAUGACUACGAGCAGAAUGAGGCAGUUUUAAGAGCAUUUUAUAGACUUGGUUUGCAAGACAUGAUGCUUUGUGUGGAAGACCCAAUGAGACGUACAUCGAUUGCGUCUUUAGACGACGUGCCAUCCGUCUUGGCUCAUUUCGUUUACAAUAUGCGGUUGCGUGUUGAGUUAUUAACAAUCAACUUCUCUCAACACAUUACUCCUGAGCUUCGUCCUCACAUACAACAAGCACUCAUAUCAGUCGAAACGUGUGCCACCCGACUGCGGCUGUUUGACUCCACCGACAACUCUACGGCAUGGAAGAACCUGAAACAACGUAUAACGUGGUUUCUAUCGAAUUCGCUUUGUAACGAUCAAGAACGAUUGGGUUUGCAAAGUCAGCUAGAAGAACUCUGUAACAGAUUUGGCAAUGUGUUGAGCGAGUCACUAUCACACCGUCUGCGUACGUUGCUGGGAUUUGGCCAGAACAUGAAAGCCGUUUUGUGCAUCACGGAUGGAAUGAAUAUGGUCGACUUGCAGGCGGCUGAAAUUUACAUGAGAACGACUAGUGAUAUCCCACACGACGCUUUCAGUCCGGAGUUUAUGGAUGUCACCGAGCAGGUGCGUGCGUGCAUGCGGCAGGUGAUCGCUGAGCCAUACAAGGAUAGUCCUGAGGAGGUCGUCGAGUUGGUCCACAGGUUGUCUGCAUGGCAAGUUGAGCAUUUCCUCAGUCACUUUCGAUGCGAAGCAUUCAAUGUGAGUGACGUUUUUGGUUUGUUGAGAUUUCGUGGCAUGCAGUCGGUAGCUGUGGACUCAGUGGACAGUUUUCCCAGCACUGGUUAUCAACUUGCAGGUCACAUUGACGUGCGUGAUGAAUCCGAAUCGAGUGGUGGGGAGGAGAAGAUGGACAUCAGUGAGAAAGAGUUUGCCGCAGAGAAUACGGUUGUCUCUAAUGGUGGCAGGGACUCCUACCAAAACGAAGAAUCGCCCAUAAAUCAGUUGGAUGGCAUGCAGCCCUGCCGACUAGAACCUGGAACUGAACAUCCUAUGGACAACAUCACAGAUGCUCUGGUUGAUUCUGUCGGUAGUUCGAAGGAAAAGGAAUAUGAAACGCAUUCCAGUGGCAAUGCAUUGAGAGUGGAGAGAGAGCAGAAUGAUCGCGUGGCCAUCGUUCGGCCUAGAAUUCCAUGUGAAGGACUAGUAGCUGGUCUAUCAAUGGAAGAGUGGGAGAGCCAAGUUGCAUCUGCUGAUUCUAAUAAAGAGUCGAUCUACAAGGUCAGAGAACAACUUGUGGCUGCAAUUCGCGGUCAGAAGGAAACCGUCGUGAGUCUACAGAACGAGAUCACAACAAUGAAGAAAUCUAGUACUGUUGUACACACGAUGGAUGAUACGUGUGGGGACAAGCAGCGAAAACUCAUUGUGGCCGAUAUGUGGAUUCAGAAAAUGGAAGAUUGGAAUGCAGCUCUGGACGAGGCUGUUUGUAAGGUACAACCUAAGACGAUCAGCAAUGUCAUCAAUUGUGAGGUUUUGAAGAAUUUGCUUAGACGAGUGAUUGAGGGUCACUCGUCUGGAGGAAUCUGCAGUGUGUUGACAUUGGUGUCGUCGGUCACUCAGCUGAUUAACGAGGUCGAUGUUUAUGCUGUUUUGUCUGACAUGUACUCGUGAUCUAUAGCAACUUGUGUGGCUGCCACACGAACACGACGUACCUCCUGAUGGCCAAGGUAUACCAUACCAUACAAGAGCAUUGUUGUUGAGUGGAUGGUUGCUAUCUCUGCACAUUCACUGUUGUGAUCUUCUCGGCCAACGGCAAAGUUGUACAGCUUUUGGGUUCCACAUGGCUGGCUGCACAUUAGCUGGAAUUUCUCUACUGCUUGGAUGCUUGUGAUCAAUGUGUGUAGAUUAUGAGCUAGUGUGUGUGUCAACCAAGCGUUAAGAGUCUAGGGAGUGUGCACAUGUUCCAAGUAGACAGAGUAUGUUUAAUAAUGCAGCUAAGGAGACGUU